AUUCGUGCACAAUUUUACAAUCUCCUUCUCCUCUGCAUCCAUCUAUCCACACGCGUUGCUUUGCUUUGCUGCAAAGGAAUCUUCAAUGAAGAGGAUAUGGCGGUUCUCCUCUCCUUCAGCUGACAAGCGCAGACGUCCCUCUUGGUUUCGACGCAAUUGGCGACCUCUUGCGCUCCUGAUCAUACCUGCUUGGCUAUUCUACACCAAUCACAAGACAAGUCUCACGUCAAACGCACCAGAAGAUGAUCCCAGGUGGAGUGCCUUGGAUGCACAGCGUCUAUGGUAUGCGAAAUCGAAUCUACCUUGCGUGGCUUCGCAGGGAAACCUCACCUUUGGCCCUCAAAAUGAUACCUUGGGCUUCCAGCAUAUUCUCGUCAUUGGCCCAAACGGCAGAUCAGACUUGCGUGCCACACAAGAGUCCAUGCAGAAGGAGUCAGGCUUACAAUUAACCUUCUUGCCUGAUGUGAAGUCACGCGUCUUGAAAGCAGGAGAAGUACGUCCAAAGCUGACUGCUGCUGAAGAACAGACCCUACUUUUAUUGAAAGCACACAUGCAGGCAUGGCAGCUUGCGAAAGACUGUCGAUGGGCGUCGGUCCUUGUGAUUGACCAAGACUUGGAUUACGAUGUCUUAGUUCGCCCACAGGCUGGUGCCAUUGCAGCCAGCUUUUUCAACCUUUUGCGUCUUGAGCACAAUCUUGGUUGGAAGGAUAUCGUUAAUUCAGCAGAUCCGCAUCUCUCAAGGUACUGGUUUUCCCUCAUCUUUGGCCUUGAAGCGGAUAGGCUGGAAGAACAGAAGAUUGUCCGCUUCAACGACUUCACUGUGCCGUCAUACACACCUGAGAAGAAUGAAGGCCAGUUUGCCAUGGCGGACCUCAUGGCUGAGUACCUGAAACGUGUCGAAGAAACAAAGGCAUUGUACAACAAGCGUUUCAUCCAGCGCUCUGUUGAACCUAAAGGCAUUAGUGCCUACGCUCUUUCUUCUCGCGGUGUCGCAGCGUUCCUGUCUCACUGCACAACCACGAAUCAGUGUACCUCUCUCGAUGCAGCCUUCCAAACUGCCAAGAAUCAACAAAGUGGGAAUGAGAGCUAUGAGAUUUAUUCGGUCAUGCCCCCGCUCUUUGGGCGCUUUGAUGUAGCCAAGGUUGAAACAGGCAUGGUGGCCAAGUCUGACCUUGAUAUGCCCGUCGGCUCUGGGACAAUCAAGGCACAGCAUCCGAUAGCCAUGCAGAUGGGCGGCAAGAAUAUAAGGCGAAGUACGCUUGUGAAGGUCUUUAAGAAGAAUCUGAUGACCUGGAGUACUUGAAGCACCAGAUAGCUAAUAGUUCGAGGACGGACUUAUACUAAUGCAAAAUGACCCUCCGCGACAUGGGUCCAUCUGAAGCAGCCAUCAGUUGAAGAGAUGCGACCGACGCGCUUCUAUCGCGACCUUGACUCUCAGCAUAGAUGACUGUUGAACAGCUCACCGCAACAGCAAGCUCCCUCUCUCUUGAUGGGCGCAAAAUUGUUGGCAAUCUUGCAUGCCAGCAUGACACCUAUGCAACGCACAUGACCUCAACUGUGUGCCAAUGCGACAAGGUCAAAAAGGCAAAGCCUGAUGAAGCAUGCGAAGUUCAGCUGAUGGACACAAUCUUGUUUCCUGAAGGAGGUGGUCAGCCUUUUGAUACUGGGCUGUUGAAGACGUCCACAGACUCGUAUCGUGUGAAUCGUGUCAUGCGACGU